AUGGCUCCGGCUCCGGAAGCCUAUUUCGCGUCCCUGGACAAAUGUUUCUCUGGGGACGCACAGCUUCUGUCUUGGAAACGAGUUUUCCUCGCCCUCGCUUCAUCAGAUGAGAACAGCGAUGUUGACUACAUAACGUCUUUCCUAUCACAGCCGGAAAGCCUUCGUUUGCUCUCAAAUUGCUUCAUACCGUUCGAACCACGUUCCGCGAAAUCCAAAUCCGAAUUUGAGUCCAAAACAGCCGCGAUUCACGUGGAUACGUCGUCCCAGGCAGCUUACCGGAUUGACGAGAUUAAAUCAGAUGCUCUGUGGUUGAGUCAAAAAGCAGGUAUCGACGAAGUAGCGGCGCUCCGAAUUACAGUCCAAGAAUGGCAAAAUAGACCAAACUCUCGGCUGCUGGGGAGAUUCUCUGAAGAAGAAGCGACAAGCCUGCAAGAUGCGGCAAGUGUGGAUAGCUUUCGUGUGUCUCUAGCUGGUCCUCAAUUGAAGGAGGUCUUGAAGAAGGUUCAUGGAGGCUCGGAUACGGACUUCUCCUCGGAGAAGUCGAGGCGCAUAAGGUUACAAAACAUUUAUCUAUCGGAAAAGAGUCACAUUGUGAAAACUUCGAGGAAAUUACUUUGCGCCUUCUUACAUGGGAAGGUCCCAGCUGAUGCUAGUCAUCUCCCCCUUACACAUGACGCCCGGCAGUUUGUAAGGACGGAUAGCCUCUCCCGCUUAGGAGAGCAGAUUUUCAAAGAUAGGUCAGGGGACGCUGAGAGCACCCGCUUUCUGCUUGAUGCUAUCAAAGCCAUCGAGAAACGUUUGAGUGAUUUCCAGACCGAGGGUGGAUGGCUGUCGUCUUCCGAGAGCAAUAUCGAUACAGAGAAUGCUUGGCGAACAUCGCUUAUUGAUGAGGUCGUGCACAUAAUGCAAAUAAUCUAUCUGCAUAUUCAAGCUUGUGACGUGGUGACUAGCGGAGAGGUCGUUUUAGCUUGGCUGCGGCUCAUGGCCGAAUACAGCUUCAUGGAACCUAUUAUUCCGCCAUGUGAGGAUCCAAUGGUACUCAGGCUGUCCCUCCAGGUCCUCGCUUCCGUUACCACACUUGGCCUCUUGAAGCUCCCUGAGUCUUUGGCAUUAGUACUGAUGAAUGGCAGUUUGUCUCAAGAUGAAGCUUUGUCCAAGUCUAAGCCUUAUUUUCUGUCACGUACACAUAUUACUGAAAUCAACGAGGUUUUGCUAAAUGCUGUUGAUAUGGGAGUGCUGAGUGCUAGUCCUGCAGCUUUUGCCUGGGGAACUAUACUCUAUGCAAUGCGAGAAAUUGCACAAGCCGCAAAAGAGACUCGAGAGAUGGAACAAUUCCACAGCGCAGUCGACUCAUUCCAGUCUAAUCAACCUUCUAUACCGGUGGCUCGCUCAUUGGAACAGACAUUUUACGAGGAUCUACUGGAUAUUGCACGAGUUCCCGCUUUCGGCGACGAUUACGUCGGUGUGCUGACAGUUGGGGCUAUAGAAAAAGGCCAGGUAUUUGAAGUGAUCAGCAAUAUCGCCUCUAGCGUUGGCUCCGUUCACGCCAUUGAUGAUUUAGUGACAAAUCUAUGGAUUCGCGAUUCUUUGAUGGGAAUUAUUCGGGUGAGUUCACAUGUCACUGACUAUUCUCCGGAGCUGGUUACGGCAACGCUUUCGAUUUUGAACGCAUCGACAAAUGCACCACAGGCGAACAAGGGAAACUACAUCAGUCAGCCAAGUGACCCUCGAUUUGUUUUUCUGCACGACGAUGAUCUCAUGAGUCGAAUAUUCCACAUUGCUCGAUCUCGUUUUCCGUACGAGUCCAUACCAUUUCUGCAAUUAUGUCGAGCCUUGACCGGCAAGGAUCAAAUGAAUACAAGCGGUCCUGAUCGGAUCUUGAAUGAGCUCGAUGCCAUGGAAACCUUUACCCAAAUGGUGUCUCCUGACUUCCAAGGUUACCAGACCAUCCGUGAAGAUGAGAACGCCAACUUCGUUUCCCUCGUCCAGCCGAUUCCCAUGAUUGCCUCAACGACGGCAAUAUUUAACGAUCCCACUGGCACAGAAACCGCUCUCGUUGCAAGCUCUUUGCAGCUUCAACCAGCAACAACCGGCCAAGUCGUUUCGGAGUCGAAACCCGCCGUUAUCAUGUGGUACCAUAAUUACUCUGGCAUAACUCUUCUCGGUAGCUGGCUGGAAGAAUGGGCUAACCACGGGGGCCAUAUGCCUGACGCUGACGAUGGACCCAUUGUCGAAAUAAUUGGGUUACUCAUUGAUCUCAUAGCCGCCUGUCAGCUCACCGAUCAUGAGCUUGGGCCGAAGAGGAUACUUGAGAUAGCCAGUGAAGGCCUGAACGAACGCUGUGACAUUAUAUCUGUCAUCCUUCAUAUUCUGGAACGGAGUCUGGAAGGUGCUGGUGCUCAGACUAAGGCCCCCGAAUCGCUUGACAUUACGGUCGCCUGUAUGCGAUUUGUUAGAGUUGUUCUUGCUAUCAUUCCUAGUCGCAUAUGGCCAUUCUUAUCUCGAAGCAGCCUGUUAGGCCCUGGUGGUAAAGGAAGCCGCUUCUCAGCAAUUGUAUCGGCGACCGAGGUGACAUCAGGCAAUUAUCCAUUCCUUCUCAGUUGCGUGGAUUUGUUCGAAGCUGUCGUGGAAGAUAGUAUAUCUAACGCCGCGAUACGAAAGAUAACAACACGCACAGCGUCCAAGUCAGCAGAUCCCUUGGAUCGGAAUGCUGGCGUCCCUUCUCAUGUCAUUAGCAAGGUCUUAUCGAACUUUGCUCGUUCAAUGAUUGAGGUCUACAACAGUUCUGGUAACUGGCGCUUUAACCAACCAGAGCAUAGACUUCAGGUGGAAGCUACUCUAGCCAAGAACUUUGAGAGGAUCAUCUACUAUACAUACGGUAUUGAUGAAACGGACAGCCAACAGUCCAAAAUUACGGCGAUCUUCCAAGAAACAGCCGAUUACAUCCUGGAUGUGCUACGACCCCAAUCGAAAGAAGAAUUGCCACUUAAUCCUGUUCUGCGGAUUAUCCUAGAUGGGCUACGGAUUCCUUCUAGCUCAGUCUAUCUUCACCAUUUACAACGUUUUGAACGACAGCUGAUCGCUACACUUGACUUGGCUACAAGGUUGGUACAGGCAGCGCAACUGAGCGGAUCUGCCGUAUCUCUCCUCGAAGACCAACUCUUCAAAGCGUCUCCUAUCCUGGUCAAACUCUACAACUCUCACGAUCGCCUUCGCCUUCCUGUUGUGACCCUAUUGGAGCUUUUAAUCACAAAAGCAGCUCUGGAUGCUGAAAACGAGCCUGCAUCUUUCCUUGGUCAUUUGGGCUCCGAAUCAACAUGUCUUUUCUUGGAUGUACUCGCCCAGUUUGAUAAACCCCUCCGCGACAUGACAUUGCAAGUGUCAAUAUGGCGGCUGCUAUCUGCAUUUGUCAGUAAACGUCAACAAUGGGUCGCCGUCUAUCUGCUUACAGGAAGCUCGCCGCGCGACUCGUUGAAGCUCAAAAAUAGCGGCGAGAAGACACCGAGGAUGCGAAAUACACCGUUCCUCAAGACAGCCCUUGAUUCUUUGGCAAAUAUUGAUCUUCUCGAUCCCAUGGUUUCUUUAUCACUACUUGAAUUCGUCUCUUGCUCGCAGGAACAUUGGCCUUGGGCGACACCUCAGUUGGGCAACCAUUCAAGUUUCUUUAGCUCCAUUGUCAACUAUGUUUCUCACUUGAAGAUCGAGAGUGAGCCAGUCAUGUCUCAAAUUAACAUGAUCCAAAUUGCCGCCAUCACAGCAAAUCUGUGUGCUAUCUACUUGCACUCGGCAAAGCAGGCUCAAGAUAGAACGUUUGUUACAAUGCUCGUCCCAUUAGUCUUUUGGUAUGCCCAGAACGCCGUCGAUGUGGCUGGAUACAACGCGUCGCUCCACGCCAAUCUAAAGAGGAACUUUGAGAUGAAAUAUGCAGGUUGCCAACUUCAGCAAUUGAAACGCACGAAACUUGAGAUCAGACCGUUGGGUAAAAGCUAUUAUUAUGACUUAUAUCUGGCGGAUAAGCUGCUUUCAUUCGAUUUUUCUUGGAAGGGGAAAAAGGAUCAGGGCUUCGCAAGCGAGUUUGAACGGGCAAACCUCAAUUUAUCGCUAGUAGAGGCACAAGUGACACUGUUCAACAGCUGGAAGUUUUUCGCCAUUGAGCAUGCGACAGAAUUCAGCCCAGAUAGAGAGAUUCAAAAGUCAAUGGCGUUGAUUGUGCAGAACUGCCUGCUUGCAAAUACCCGCCCGACCCCCGAGGAACCUAUAUUUUCCAAGCUACAGAAGUCAAGGGUAGAUUUUGCUCUGUCAAUGCUCCAGAAAUUGGUCGAAUUCGAUGCCAAGGGUUCAGAGGUGAUGGGGCUGCUGGCAGCUGUAUGGGAAGCAAUGCGUGCAUGUGGCACUACGUACGAGAAUGCCUUGAUCCAUGAUCAUACAGACUACUACCGUGGGCUACUGAACGUUCUUUUCCUUGCGCUCCAAUUUCAUGUUGGAAAGUCAUCGUCUGGUGCUCCAGGAAAUGACAACACGAAGACGAAACCUAACCUUUCACCUAAUCUGUCCAUUGUGCUGGAGGUGAUCAAAGUUGUGAUAGCACAAGGUUUCCGCUCGCUUACGACGUACUUGCAUGACGAACCACAGCGCUGUUCACCAAAAGAUUUUGCCAUUAUCACGGCGAUCUUACAAACGGCUCUACGAGUCAAGGACGCAGAACGACUGUACGAGCACAUUGUAUUCCACAUUGAGGAUAACGAUACGGCCAGAUACGCAACCACACUUUUCUCGUGGGCGGACCAAUUGACAGUUGAAGGCGACCCGGUGUACGGAGAACUGAGCAUCAUAUUCCUGGUAGAACUGUCGGCCAUUCCCAUGUUAGCAGAAUACUUGGCUGUAGAGGCAGUGCUCAUGAAGCUUUCCACGAGCCGACUGACCCGCAUUCUCUCACAAACUAAAGCAUUUGGUCCUUUUGACCCAGUGCCUCGCCUCUACGCCAUAUGGAGAGAAGGAUUUCUACCUCUUUGCCUCAACCUACUUUUCAACGUCAGUCGCGCUGCACCAGAAGUAGCAGCAUUCCUCAAUCAGUUUGAAGGACGAUUGACCCGUGCGGCUGAAUCAUUUGCAAGUACCCAUGCAAGCACAAUAUCUCAAAAUGAGAAACGAAUCAGUCUCUCCAUGGCAUCCGAGGCAAAUUCUCUGUCACUCAUUUCGUUUAUUCUCGAGCGCUAUCGAGCAGCCGGACCCAGUGCGGGCGUCGAUAGCCAAGCAAUCCAGGAAUUGAAAUGGGAUAAGUCGCAACUGAAAGAGGAUAUUGAGGAAUUGCUCAGUCGCCGAGCGAGUCUACGCGCAAGAAUGGUGGCUACAACUGAAAAGGAGGCGGAGUGGGUUCGUCAAAGGCCUAUUCAUGCAGCGUCGGGUGCUGAGAAUCGUUUGGAAGAAAAGAUUGUGGAUGAGUUACGAGCUGCAUUGACGUGCUUGUCUGGAAAUGAGGAAACUUAG